AAAUAUCUAUUAUAAUAUUUUAUUAAACCUGUUAAAAGUGGGUUUUAUUAUAAAAUGACGAGUAACGAAUAUAAGAAAAAGAUAGAGUUAAAAAUGCAAGAAAGAGAAAAUAUAAGAAAAAAACAGGAGAAAAGAGGGCAAUAUAAAGGAAAAGAUGUCGAUGAAAGUAAUUAUUUAUCAUUUUCAGAUUUAGAUUAUUUUUAUGAAGAAGCAUCUAAAUCCGUCUCCGGGCAGUCAUUAAAUAUAGAAAGAAAAAAAUCUAAAAUGAAAUAUGAGGAAUUAGAGAGUAAUAAAGAGUCAUUAUUAGAAUUUAAUAAUGAAUCAUAUGAGGGAUUGAAUAAUAAUACAUCAAAUAAUAAACCAUUUUUUGAUAAUUUAUUUUCAAUAUCAGAAAAUUGUAUAAAAGAGGAUAAAGUAGAUGAUAUUUUUGAAAUAUUUAAUACACCAGUUCAAGAUUUUGUUGAAAAUGAUAAUUCAGAUGAAGUGAGUAAUUUGAAUUAUCAGAAAAAGGAAUUAUUUUCAGAUUGUGAAAGUAAUGAACAUGAUAUUUCAAAUGAUGAAAUUAUAUCUCAACUUAUUGAAAUGGGAUUUGAUUAUGAUAAAGUGAUUAGAGCAAUAGAUAUAACACAUGUCAAGACAUAUAUAGAUUCUAUUAUUUCAGUACUUAUGUCAUUAGAUCUUUUGGAUAAUGAAAAAAGAGAUAAUUCAUCAAAAACAGAUAUAAUUGACAAGGGAAAAGGUAUAUUCUCUUUAGAUAAUAAGCACUUUCUUUCAAAAAUUUCUGAUAAAGCCAAUAAUAUUUUCAACCGUGGAAAAAAUUAUCUUGAAGCAUCAAGAAACCAUAAUAUGCAAUCAAAUGAUUACUGUCAAGUACCAAACCAUACCUUUUCGAAAUAUCAACCAUUAUUAUCUAAUCAAAAAUCAUUUGAAGAAAUAAAAAAUUGUGAUAAAACUGUUACUAGUAAGACAUCGACAUUGACUAUUGAAAAAAAUAACGACCUUAUGGAUUUCUUAUCGGAUGAACCUAACUACCAACAACCAUCAUCAUCUAGUGAGUUAUCUAGAUUAUUUUCAAAUGAAAUUGAAACGCGAGACUACAAAGAAAAGAAUCAAAACCUUACACAUUGUUAUAUAAAUUCUGAAGGGAUUUUACUCCUUGAUCAUGUUUCUCAGGAUCUAUUUACUGAGCAUUUAGAUCUAUCUAAUUUGCCACAUUUGAUUAACCAACUAGACGUUAAUAUAAAACAUGCAUCUAAUGCUUUUAAUAACGGUAAUUAUUCAGAAGCAUUAGGACGAUAUUCUGAAUCUAUUGAAUAUUUACCAUUAAAUCAUGUUUUAAAAAUAUUAUUAUUAUUCAAUCGUUCACUUUGUUAUUUACAUAUGGAAAAACUGGAAUUAAGUCUUUUAGAUUGUGAUGAGUUAUUAAAAUUAAUUGAAAAUAAAAGAGGUCUUGGAAAAAAUAUUUUUUCUGAAAAAGUCAUAGAUGAUAUCCGGGAAAAGAUAAUUAUAAGACGAUCUAAAUGUUUACAACGACUUAAAAAACUUGGAAAGGCUAAAAAUUGGCAAAAAGAAACUAUUGAUUCAAGUAUAGAUGAUUUAAUGGCAUUAAAUUCUAAAAAUGAUUGCGAAAAAAUUCAUAAAUCUGAUAUUCUUUUAGACAUAGAUUUUUCAGAAAACUCAAAAAAUGAAAAUUCUAUUUCUAAAUCUGAAAAAGAACCUCUUGAAAAACCUUAUGAUGUUUUAGAAAUUCAAAAUGAAGAUAAAUCAUUAUUAUAUGAUAAAGUCGAUUCAUCUGUAAAUAAUUGGGCUGAUGGGAAAAGAGAUAAUAUAAGAGCUCUAUUAUCUAGUCUUAACAAUAUAUUAUGGGAUGAUCUAGCUUGGCAAAAUAUAAAUAUGGCAAAUUUACUUACUACUUCUCAAGUAAAAAAAGCAUACCUUAAAACUAUUUCAAAAAUUCAUCCUGAUAAGUUACCAAUAACUACAUUUUUAGAACACAGAAUGAUUGCUUCUUCCGUUUUUAAUAUCCUUAACAAUGCAUGGAAUAUAUUCAAAAUAAAAAAUAAUAUUUAAAUACUGAUUUCUGAAUAAAAUACAUAAGAUUAUCUUCAU